CCGCAGUAGCGAGGGUCGAGCGGCUGGGAAGGAAGCGAGCCUCUGAGGCGUCCGGGCCGAGCGGGCAGCUGGUUGGUGCUCAGGCCCCUGCUGCGGCGGCAGGUCCCUCCACGUGCUUUCGGCGGCGACAUGGAGCUGGAGGAGUCGGGAAUCCGAGAGGAAUGUGGAGUAUUCGGGUGCAUCGCCUCAGGAGAGUGGCCCACGCAGCUAGAUGUGCCGCAUGUGAUCACUCUGGGACUCGUGGGGCUGCAACACCGGGGUCAGGAGAGUGCUGGUAUUGUGACCAGCGAUGGGAAUUCAGUACCAACAUUCAAAACACACAAGGGAAUGGGUCUUGUAAAUCAUGUCUUUACUCAAGACAAUUUGAAGAAAUUAUAUAUUUCAAACCUUGGAAUUGGACACACAAGAUACGCCACUACAGGAAACUGUGAAUUAGAAAAUUGUCAGCCCUUUGUUGUUGAAACACUUCAUGGGAAAAUAGCUGUGGCACAUAAUGGCGAAUUGGUAAAUGCUGCUCAAUUAAGAAAAAAGCUUCUGCGGCAUGGUAUUGGUUUGUCAACAAGUUCUGAUAGCGAAAUGAUUACCCAGUUACUGGCGUAUACACCUCCUCAGGAACAAGAUGGCACCCCAGAUUGGGUAGCAAGGAUUAAAAACCUAAUGAAGGAAGCACCCACAGCAUACUCCCUGCUUAUAAUGCACAGAGAUGUUAUUUAUGCAGUAAGAGAUCCUUACGGAAAUCGUCCUCUAUGCAUUGGACGUCUUAUGUCUGUAUCUGAUAUAAAUGAUAAAGAGAAAAAAUCUUCAGAAACAGAAGGAUGGGUGGUAUCUUCAGAAUCUUGUAGCUUUUUAUCAAUUGGUGCAAGAUAUUACCGUGAAGUCUUGCCUGGAGAAAUCGUGGAAAUAACCAAACGUAGUGUCCAAACUCUUGCUAUUAUACCAAGGUCUGAAGGAAACCCAGUGGCCUUUUGUAUCUUUGAAUAUGUUUAUUUUGCGAGACCAGAUAGUAUAUUUGAAGACCAGAUGGUUUACACAGUAAGAUAUCGUUGUGGUCAGCAGCUGGCAAUUGAAGCACCUGUGGAUGCAGAUUUGGUUAGCACUGUUCCGGAAUCUGCUACCCCUGCUGCUCUUGGUUAUGCAGCAAAGUGUGGGCUUCCAUAUGUGGAAGUGCUGUGUAAAAACCGGUAUGUAGGAAGAACCUUCAUUCAGCCAAACAUGAGGUUAAGACAACUUGGUGUUGCAAAAAAAUUUGGAGUAUUGUCGGACAACUUUAAAGGCAAAAGAAUUGUUCUUAUAGAUGACUCAAUUGUAAGAGGCAAUACCAUCUCACCCAUAAUCAAAUUGCUCAAAGAAUCUGGCGCAAAAGAGGUGCACAUUAGAGUAGCUUCACCACCAAUUAGAUAUCCAUGCUUUAUGGGAAUAAACAUACCAACAAAAGAAGAGCUUAUUGCCAAUAAACCUGAAUUUGAACAUCUUGCAAAAUAUCUGGGAGCAAACAGUGUUGUAUAUCUGUCAGUGGGAGGACUGGUUUCAUCUGUACAAGAAGGGGUAAAGUUUAAAAAACAGAAAGUGGAAAAGCAGGAUAUUAUGAUUCAAGAGAAUGGGAAUGGUCUGGAAUGCUUUGAAAAGAAUGGUCAUUGUACAGCUUGUCUCACUGGAAAAUACCCUGUGGAAUUGGAAUGGUAGCUGGUAGGGACAGAUAUGAUUUUCUAAGAUACAAAGUUGGUCAAGAAGUUUUCGUGGUGGUUAACACCCUGUUCAUUUACUGUCGCUCCCUUGACACGAUGUAAAAUGCCACAUGCUUAUGUUUACCGUUAUAAGUUUUGUGAUUUCUGAGAAAAGUACCAAAGUGCUUUCUUUAACAAUCCUAGAUAAAUAUUUUGUGUUAUCUAGGAA